GGUUGAGUCGGCCGGUAUCGGUGGAAACGAUCGCGACGAGCAUGUCCCAUCCUCCGGUCAUCCCGCGCUUCGCCGUGAGCGCGCAUCUCCAGCUACCGAAAGAGGAGCUACCGGCAAUCGCUCCGUCAAGCAGCGCCGCGCCGUCGCCCAAGGCCGAGCUGUCGACGAUUACAACGCCCGUCGUCGCCGACGCCAGCGCGCCCGACGACGACGACGACACGCUCGAGAUGCUCAAGGCCUUGCGCCAGGACUACGCCACGUCCAAGCUGCACAUUCGCGCGCAGAAAAAGAAGCUCGCGGACCUUCAGCGCUCGCAGCAAUUGGCGCUCGAGGCCAUGACGACGCACUUCGCCAUGGUCACGCGACAGCUCGAUGCACAGCGCGACGAGCUCGACAAGCAGUAUUCGCGUAUCAGCCAGCGCCAAACCGCCCUCGACGCCCUCGUCUCCCGGAGGCAGCCAGUGUCGACGAAGCGUGCGUCACCGGCGCCGGUAGUACCGAAGCGCAAGCUCUGUCAACACAAGCGCGUCAAGACGGAGGACGCGACGCUCGUGCUACCCGUGCACGAAAGCCCGCACGUGGCCCAUACCGACGUGGCAUGGGACCUCGGGCGCUGCGGUCCGCUGAGCAUGAUCCGCAACCACCGGCGAACUGUCACGAUGACGGAGGCCGGCUGGAACGUCGUCAUUGGCGCGUCGGUCGCACGGCGCUUCUCGGUGCUCGUGACGCUCCCCAAGAACAAGUACCACAACACGGUGGCCAUUGGGCUCACGCACGAGCCUGACUUUUGGCAAGACCCAAUUGAUAACACGGCGCCCGUCUUCUUCUUCAACCACACGGGGUGGUACCUCAACGUGCGGAGAGGGUCGCUCUGCUCGCGCGACCACGACGACGCGCCGUUCGCGGCCAAGCUCAAGUCCGGCGACGUGGUCACAUGCAUUUGGGACGCAGACGCGGGCUCGAUCCGGUUCCUCCGCAACGAACUCGAUCUCGGCGUCGCGUUCGAGGGCGUCUUUGGCUCGUACGACUGGCAACUCUACCCCGCCCUUAUCUCGUACGACAAGAACGUCGAGGUGACCCUCCUGUACCCGACACACGAUGGCACGACGUCGCUCCCAUCGGCCUUGUAGCACUAUCCUUGCAAUCAAUAUCCAUGGCAAAACUGUCUAUUGUUGUA